AUGGAGAGUACCUGGAGAGUUUAUUUCUACUGCUGUCUUUAUUGGCUUUCUCCUAGCAUCCAGUGCUUGGCCUCCUCCAGGGGCCGGGUGGUCUUGGGCAAGCCCUCUGGGUUACUGGUAGCUCCUGAGGACACAGCCAGCGAGCUAAAUCCAUUGCUGCAGCUGCCAAAAAGUGUGAGACGUGGCUAUGGCCUCCUGCCUCCCCUUCUCAAGGUGCUGUCUGACCGGGGACGCCAGAGCUGGGAAAGCGAGGCCCCCAGGCUCCAGCCAGACUCCAGAGCCCUCCGGUACAUGAAGAGGCUGUACAAGAUGUCUGCUACCAGGGAGGGAAUCCCAAAGGUGAAAAAAAGCCACCUUUACAACACUGUUCGACUUUUCACUCCGUGUUCUGAAAGCAAGCACCGCCACAGGGACCUAGUGAAAGGGCAUGUUCACUCGGUGGAUUUACUUUUCAACCUGGAUCGUCUUACUGCUCUGGAGCACUUACUCAAGUCUGUCCUGCUCUAUUCCUUCGACACAUCAGUUCCUAUUUCCUCUCCCAUUACAUGCAUGUGCCAUUUAUCUCUUAAGGAGCAUGAUUUUUCUAGCCAAGUGUGUCCCAGCGUUUCACCCUCUAUAGCUUUUAGCCUGCACUUCGAAGUUAGAAAACGCAAGUGGGCUGAGAUUGAUGUGACUUCUUUUCUCCAGCCUCUAAUUGCUACUAACAGGAGGAAUAUUCAUAUGGCUGUGAACUUCACUUGUCUGCUGGGUGAUCCACAACAGAACACUAAACUGGAAAACCCCAUUAAUGUGGCACUGGUUCCCCCUUCUCUUCUUCUUUAUCUGAAUGAUACCAGUGAACAGGCUUAUCACAGGUGGAACUCACUUAGACACAGAAGGAAAAACCCAGUGCGGCCCAGGCAAAGGACCAGUCUGCGUGUCGAUCCUAUGGGUGACAGAGGAAAGGAGAAUUCACAGGGUAAAAGGGCCUCUCGACAGCGCAGAGAUGGGAAUCUGAAAGAAGCACCAGCAAUUGCGCCUUCUAACCUGAGUGAGUAUUUCAAACAGGUUCUCUUCCCUCAAAACGAGUGUGAGCUUCACAACUUCCGUCUGAGUUUUAGCCAACUAAAAUGGGACAAAUGGAUAAUAGCACCGCACAGGUACAGCCCUCAGUAUUGCAAAGGGGACUGCCCACGGGUUGUCAGGCAUCGUUACGGCUCCCCGGUACACACCGUGGUACAGAACAUCAUAUACGAGAAACUGGACUCCUCUGUCCCAAAGCCCUCCUGCGUCCCAGCCGAGUACAGCCCGCUGAGCGUCCUCACCAUCGAGCCCGACGGCUCCAUCGUCUACAAGGAGUACGAGGACAUGAUCGCUACCAAGUGCACUUGUCGGUAG